CGCUGUUUCCGUCCAGCUUCGGCAUCAAGUACGAGUUUGCCGAUACGGAGCUCGGCAGUGAGCCGUACCUUGGGCAGAAGGGAGAGGAUGUUCCGCUGCUCUGUUCAAGGGUGUUCCGGAAGCGUAAGGGAGAGUUUCAAUCGCCACGGAAUGUGUUCCUGAAUGGGCGGGGUGGAGCGAGUAACAUAACCUGUUUGUACCGGUUUGAGGCAUCCGUUGGGGAGAGGGUACGCAUCGAUUUGUUCAACGUUUCUUUCGGAGAUUCUGCAACGUGUACGACUGAGUCUGAUGGUCAUACGGGACGGGCAAAGUGUACACCGUCGGAAGCGGUUCCGGAUGGUCGAGUUGGAGAGCUUCGACUGUAUGACGUGCCGUACAAGGACGUUAAGAUUCCGUUAGGUUGUUUCUGUGACAACACGACCAGCUCGUACAACUUCCCUCUAACGUUCGCCUUGAACUCACGCACGAUGGAAUUGACACGGUUGAACGUUUCGGAUGUUCACAAUGAUGUCCGCACUGACCCGGUUGAUCUUCCACUUGUUGGGAGAUCCACUGCUGGAGUACCAGCACGACGACAACCAGAAGAUUGAUCCGGUUAAGGAGUGGAAGCAUAAGGUCAGCCAGGAGGAAGAUGAGGAGGCCGGAGAGCCGGAAGAAGAAGGUUCUGACGAGAAGGACACCGAGUCGGGCAAAUCGGCGGCCAAGGAGCAGGUCGAUCCAGAGAAGGUUUUCCAAUGUACUGUGGAUACUGACGGACGAGCGCAAGAACGAGCUGCUGAAGUAAAAAGUUGGAAGUGCCGUGGACCGACGAUCUGGAUGCGAUGCGGUUCUUGACAACACAGACUUCUCUGGCGGACAAGAAGAUUAACGGAAGUUUUUGCCCUGGACGCCGUCGAAGUCCUCGAUCUAGACGACGGCUCCAUGAAAAUGGUCCCCUCGAAUAAGUUGUAUGGUGCCACAGGAUUCAUCCGCAACCUGCCGGUCUACCCGAUGACCGUGAAAAAUUCCGGACUGAUUAUCGAGCACCUGCAAGACUUGAGGUCCGCCAAACGUUUCCUGAAGAAACUGUUUGUGAGCAAGCCCUACAUCUACGACGGCGUCAUGCUGAUGAAACUGGAACAUAAACCGCUCGCUGAGUGCCCUGCUGCUGAAGCUCAACGAGGCGGCCGAAGCGGAAAAGUUCAAGUGCGCGGGAGAAUGAAGCGGAAAUCAAACGCAAAAAGUGGAAGCCGAGAAGCGAAAGUGGGCGGAGGAGCAGUCAAGGCUGCUGCUGCGGCCGCCAUCAACGCCAAGCUUACCUACAACGACCUCAAGCUGGUCAAAUAUCUGGCGGGCACGGACGAAUCUAACGAAGGUUUUCUACCAGCAUCUGCUUGACUCUAUGGUCAAGGACAUAGACAUAUACCCAUUGCACGGCGUCUA